AUGUUUAAUCAACCACCGAAAAUCUUACGUAUAAAGAGAAAAAGACACCAAGACCCAUUACAAGCAUUGAUUCUCGAGGAUAGAAGAUCAGUAAAGCGGUCUAAACCUUCUUCACCUGUGACAUCACCUCGAUUAUCUCCCACAACAACACCAGUCACCACAAGACCACCAGAAAACCACAAUUAUGUUUUUAAACUAGCCCGAACAGAUGAAUCCAACAAGGUCAAUGCUCAGGAUGAAUCGAUUAUUCAAACGAUAUUGUCUGAAUCACAAACUAGUCUUGAUGACAAUAGUUUAUCGGAGCCGGCCAAAAGAAAUUUUGUCAUUCCCAAACACCAAACAGAGGAAGACAUUGAAAUCCCCAAUGAACUUUCUGAUAUGCUUGAUUCAUUUUUAUCACUUGAGAAAAAUGACUACAGUAAACGGAGAAAAAGAGGACGGAGAAACACCAGUGAAGAAUCUUCACGUCCCGCACAGUUGGUCAAUGCAGAGGAUGCCGAAGAAGAAGAAGAAGAAGAAGCCCAAUAUGUUUAUGAUGUUUAUCAUUUGACAGAUAGUGAACCAAUGACUUCAGCAAACCAUCCUCUGACACAAAUAGGGUAUAUUCGAUUUUUUGAAGAUGAAAAUGAAACCAACUUAUUGAUGAAUGACGAGGAAGAUGAAACCAAACCCAAUGUAUUGACCGACGACGAAGAUUCCAAUGCCGAAUCAUUUUAUCAAAACGAUUAUCCUAGUGACGAAGAUGCAGGAGCUUUUAGUGAACAAGAUUCACUAGAAGAAGAUGAAGGUUAUGUACCUCAUGACGGAGUAGGAUUCAAAGGAGAUGAUGAAUAUUUUGAUUAUGAAGAAUUGGAAAAUCUCAAUGCUGAGGAUAAUUAUUAUGAAGAUGAAGCAGAAAUAGACGAAUCUAAUGGGUUCAAACGGAAUCAGUUUUUCAAGUCUGAUGUUGAUGAUCCCAUGGCAAUUCAUAGAGAUAAAGUGUUCAAUAAACUAGAGAAUAUGAUAAAUAACAAAUAA